GUUUUGGUGUGUGUGUGUGAGUGGGAGAUGGACCGAGGGCGCUUUACUGACUAGCACAGGCGAAGAGCGACUCCAAUAGCCAGAACUAUUGAAAUAACAUACGCGAUCGUGUCGUCGAUAGCCCACUCCUAAAGCAAAAUAAGUCGCCCAUCUUUCGCAUCUACUUCACACACACUAACACGGCAUUGAUGGUAAUGUAUGCAAGGAAACAACCGAGACUCGGCGAUGGGUGCACCGACCGAAGGGAUUCUCAGCCCUAUCAGACUCUUAAGUACUCAUCCAAGAGUCACCCGGAUCACAGACAUGAGAAGAUGCGCGACAGUAAUGAUGCCACCCCACCAUGCAAGAUGCUGCGGAGAUCAGACAGUCCAGACAAUAAACACAUGGACAACACUGGCCAUGGCAGAGCAAAAGCCAUCCAUCCACACAGAGGAAGAGAGCGAGAAGGAGGGACCAGUAUAUCUCCUCAAGAGAACUCCCACAACCACAGCUCUCUGCACAGCUCCAACUCCCAUUCGAAUCCCAACAAAUCAUCAGACACGCCAUUUGAGCCGGCAGAUGAUUGGUCUGAACACAUCAGUUCUUCAGGGAAGAAGUACUACUACAACUGCAGGACGGAGGUGUCUCAGUGGGAGAAACCCAAAGAGUGGCUGGAGAGAGAACAAAGACAGAAGGAGGCAACCAAGACGGCUGCAGUGGUCAACAGUUUCCCUAAAGACAGGGACUACAGGCGUGAGGCCAUGCAGGCUACACCCGCCAGCUUCUCCAGCACUAAGUCUUCGAUUGCCACAGAGAAGCCUUCCUCACUCACACCCUCCUCUUCCUCUGCUGCUGUGUCUGGCUUAAAUAUGGCCAAUUCAGCCAGCAGCACUUCUGGCUCUACAGUUCCUGUUUCUCCAGUGAUGCAGUCACCAGCCCCGCCCACUCUCCUUCAAGACCCCUCCCUUUUACGCCAGCUCCUCCCCGCUCUACAAACGGCCUUGCAGCUGAACAACGCCAGCGUAGACAUGGCCAAGAUCAAUGAAGUUCUCACGGCUGCAGUAACUCAGGCAUCACUGCAGUCCAUUCUCCAUAAGAUCCUGACUGCUGGUCCAUCUGCCUUCAACAUCACAACAUUGCUUUCCCAGGCUACUCAGCUGUCCAACCAAGUAGCCCAACAGUCCAGCCAGUCUCCAAUGUCUCUGACGUCAGACGCUUCCUCUCCUCGGUCGUAUGUGUCUCCCAGAAUCAGCACACCGCAGACCAACACAGCUUCCCUCAAACCGCCUCUCAGCACCACACCAGUCUCCUCACAGACCAAGAUUAACGCUAUGACUGUAAAGUCCAGUUCUCUCCCUCCACCAUCAUCCCAGCAGCCUCUUUCCACAGAAAAACAUCACGACAAUGGCAAUUCUCCACGGACGCUGCAGAGACAGAGCAGUCAGAGAAGUCCGUCUCCAGGUCCGAACCACAUGGGCAGUAACAGCAGCAGCAGUAAUAAUGGUGGUGGAGGAGUUGGUCAAGGACCAGGUGUAGUGAGCGGAGCGAUGCCCCCAGGUUCAGUACCUCCUGGCACAGCCCCUGGCAGAGCAACAUGUUCCUUCACACCCACACUGGCCGCACACUUCAAUGAGAACCUCAUCAAACAUGUGCAGGGGUGGCCCGCCGAGCACGUCGAGAAACAGGCCUCGCGGUUACGUGAAGAGGCUCACACCAUGGGCAGCAUCUACAUGUCAGAGAACUGCACAGAGCUGAAGAACCUGCGCUCACUAGUGCGAGUGUGCGAGAUUCAGGCCACAUUGCGUGAGCAGAGGAUACUGUUUUUGAGACAACAAAUUAAAGAACUUGAAAAGUUGAAGAAUCAGAAUUCCUUCAUGGUUUGAGGAACUCAGGGUUUGAGACGUGGUCUUUGAAACAGGAGGAGAGAGGGAGAGAGAAGGAAGGGGUAGGUGAAUGAGUGGGCCAAACCCAUUUCACGUGUGGCGGAACCCUGGAGAAACAAAGUUCUGUUGCGUUCCGCUCUGGGCCCAGUCUUACAUUAAAAACGAGCUGCAGCGAGGUCUUGCUUGGACUUGAGGGGUGGGUGUUCGGGGAAAGGUCUACCCUUGCCCCGUCCCUGUACAUGUAGAUUAUUUGUAGAUGUUCUUUCCAUGUUGUAAAUAUUUUUUGUAGAUGAAGCCAUGGGAAGCCAUGCCUAUCAAAGCUUUUGACAUCCAAACGUUAAACUAAUCAACACCGAGGCAGACCGGGAUCUCAAGCCAGCGUAUCUAGAACUCUUUUAAAAUGACAUGAUUAAAAAAAACAAGCAAAACAAACAAAGCAAACCAAUGCUCUUCAGUUACGCGAUCGGUGAACCAUUGCCUUGAGCAUGAACCAGACCUGCAUGGAAAAGCUGGACUUAGAGGACCGGGACUUUUUUUUUUUUUCCUAGGACGAUGACGCGCACACUUUGUCUUCUCACAAACAUGCACACGUAUCCACCGGUUAAUUUUUUUUUCUCUCGCUGCAUAUGAAAAAUGGUAGUAAUGCUACAUGGUUAUUUGGUUAGUUUCCGUUUCUUUCUCUGGUUGCACUAGAAUGGUUUUAUUCCCUCACCCCAUGCCUUCUGAGGGGGUUUACAUCAUGCUUGUCCACAAUGGUUCGGUGGUCUCAUACCUGCCCUGAAUGGCCCAGCGAUGCGCCCAGUGCCUGCAUUCAUCUUGGAGAGAACAUAGAAGAGAGAAAGCGAAUCAUCAUUCCUGCAGCUCAACCCAUGUCGUUCUCCUUCCUCACCUGAAGACUGGUUUUCACCCAGAAUCCUUUUUUUUUUCUUUCUAUCUUUUUCCUCUUAAUCUUUCCAGGUUGUUUUAUUUUCUGUACCCUUGUUUUCUUUAAAAAAUUAAAAUAAAAUAAAAAAAUAACUGUACUUUAAAAAAAAAACAAUUAAAAAAAGGAAAUGCGAGUUGCUGUGACGGCUUGCGUUGAAAACCAGAGUUCAUUCCUAUGUACAGUUGCUAAGUAAAGUUAAAUGAAGUUAAAGUUUUAUUAAAGUUGCAGUGAUUACUAGUCUAUCAGAUAUGUUGUAUUCAUAAAUUAUUACCACACAUUUUCCUUUGCACCCUGAUUGGAUGGAACGGGCAUGGGGGUGGGUGGGGGGUUGAGAAAGUGCUACUGGAAAACCGGAAACUGAGGGUCAUCUGAGGACUGGACAUAAGCCAAUUCUGUUAGGCCAGGGUCAGGGCAGGGUCACCUGGGGUCGGAAGGUCAAAUGUGAAAUGUAUGUAUUGUAAUAAACAUGCUAAACAUA